AUGAGCGUGAAGCGGUCACCACCCGGUUCUAGAACGGGCUCACCUUUUAGUGGUGAAUUUAUGACCGGCUCAAACACCGAUCUACCUACUAACGAUUAUCAUAAAAUAACACAUAGGAGACGUAAACAAAUAGAUGCAGAUUUCGUGUCGUCUUCUCAGCUGACAGAAUUCAAAACUGAAAUAAUGGAAUUCUUCAAUAAUUUUGGGAACUCACAGAAGAAAGAAUUUAAAAGUUUGAAAGAUGAAGUGUCACAAAUUAAAGGAGUAAAAGACGACGUCACGAUUAUAAGGGAACAGCUGGAAUCUAUAAAAAUCAGUACUGUGAAAAUCACUCGCGAGCAUAGCGAAAUGAUGAAUGAUAUUUCCGAAUUAAAAAACUCAUUAAAUUAUCAUUCAGCUGAACAAACCACUCUGACAACAUGUAUUGAUGAUGUGGUAUCGGAGAUCAAAAAGGUUGAUCUUUUGCUGCAAAAUAUAUCGUAA